CGCUGCCCUCCCGCGCCGCCUCGCGCAGCUCCGCGCUCCCUCUCGCCACCGCUUCUGCGCGGUCCCCUCCCGCCCCCGCGCGUGGUGCCGCCCGGCGCGGGCGGGGCGCGCUGGAGGCGCGGGGGUCGCGCAGCCGCCGCCCCGGCCCGCUCCGACCCUGCGGCUCCCCCGCUCCGAGCCUGCGGCUCCCCCGGCCCGGCUGCGGGGCGAUGCCGACACAGCGGGACGGCGGCGCCGGGAGCACCAUGUCGGCUCCGGGCGGCCUCGGGAGCAGCCUCGGCGGGGACGGCGCCCACCAGGUCCGGGUGAAAGCCUACUACAAGGGGGACAUCAUGAUAACCUAUUUUGAGCCUUCCAUCUCCUUCGAGGGACUGUGCGGUGAAGUUCGAGACAUGUGCUCCUUUGACAACGAGCAGCUUUUCACCAUGAAAUGGAUUGAUGAGGAAGGAGAUCCAUGUACUGUUUCCUCUCAGCUGGAGUUAGAAGAGGCCUUUCGUUUGUAUGAACUGAACAAGGAUUCAGAGCUUCUGAUCCAUGUAUUUCCUUGUGUCCCAGAGCGGCCUGGCAUGCCUUGUCCAGGAGAAGAUAAGUCCAUUUAUCGCCGAGGCGCCCGCCGGUGGCGAAAGCUCUAUUGUGCAAAUGGUCACACUUUCCAAGCCAAACGAUUUAACAGGAGAGCUCACUGUGCCAUCUGCACCGACCGGAUCUGGGGCCUGGGGCGCCAGGGCUACAAGUGCAUCAACUGCAAACUCCUCGUUCACAAGAAGUGUCACAAACUCGUCAACACUGAAUGUGGCCGACACACACUACAGCCAGAGCCAAUAAUGCCUAUGGAUCCAUCAUCAGUGCAUUCAGAUAAUGUAGAAACAGUGAUACCAUACAAUCCCUCGAGUCAUGAGAGCCUGGACCAUGUUGGUGAAGAAAAAGAGGCAAUGAGCAUUAGGGAAAGUGGCAAAGCUUCCUCCAGUCUGGGCCUGCAGGAUUUUGAUUUGCUCCGGGUCAUUGGAAGGGGCAGCUAUGCCAAAGUGCUGCUGGUUCGACUGAAGAAAACCGAGCGCAUUUAUGCCAUGAAGGUGGUGAAGAAAGAGCUCGUCAACGAUGAUGAGGAUAUUGAUUGGGUUCAGACAGAGAAACACGUCUUCGAACAGGCCUCAAAUCAUCCCUUUCUGGUCGGACUGCACUCUUGCUUCCAGACAGAAAGCAGGUUAUUCUUUGUUAUAGAGUAUGUCAAUGGAGGAGAUCUGAUGUUCCAUAUGCAGAGGCAGAGGAAGCUGCCAGAGGAACAUGCCAGGUUUUAUUCUGCUGAAAUCAGUCUAGCACUGAACUAUUUACAUGAGCGAGGGAUAAUCUACAGGGAUUUAAAACUGGAUAAUGUGCUCCUAGAUUCUGAAGGGCAUAUUAAACUCACAGAUUAUGGCAUGUGCAAGGAGGGUCUGAGGCCUGGUGACACAACCAGCACGUUCUGUGGGACUCCAAACUAUAUUGCACCUGAAAUUCUCCGGGGAGAGGAUUAUGGUUUCAGCGUGGACUGGUGGGCCCUUGGUGUGCUGAUGUUUGAGAUGAUGGCAGGCCGGUCGCCGUUCGACAUCGUCGGGAGUUCUGACAACCCUGAUCAGAACACAGAGGAUUAUCUCUUCCAAGUAAUUUUGGAAAAACAGAUCCGAAUUCCCCGAUCCCUCUCUGUGAAAGCAGCAGGUGUUCUAAAGAGUUUCCUUAACAAGGAUCCAAAGGAGCGCUUGGGCUGCCAUCCUCAGACAGGAUUUGCAGAUAUCCAGGGACAUCCCUUCUUCCGCAACGUUGACUGGGAUCUGAUGGAGCAAAAGCAAGUGGUGCCUCCAUUUAAACCAAAUAUAUCUGGAGAAUUUGGUCUGGAUAACUUCGAUUCCCAAUUCACCAAUGAACCUGUGCAGCUCACUCCAGAUGAUGAUGAUAUUGUGAAGAAGAUUGACCAGUCUGAAUUUGAAGGCUUUGAAUACAUAAAUCCUCUUUUGAUGUCAGCUGAGGAAUGUGUCUGAAUUCUCCAUUUCUGAACUGUGCCAAUUGUUACUCCAUUUGUUUCUGCAUGGAUAAACAUCUCUCCAUUUGGAUGCACUUGCAUAAAAUCAGUAACUCAAUAUCCUGCCCUUGCCACCACCUAGUGUGAAUUUUCUUUUUGUAUUGAUUGUUGACCAGGAUAGUUGUUAUGCUGAACCUUCAGCUGCCAGAUUUAAAAUGUUAGAACUUUCUAACAAUUUUGCCAAAUUUGAAUUUUAAUACAGGAGUUGGUCUCUGGGGCUCCUGACUGAACAAAGGGUCUGACUGUAUAGUUUGCCAGUAUAGUGUUCUGAGCAAGGAAAGGUUUUCAGUGCUUUAUGAAAACAAAUUGCAUCAGGUGAUGUAAUAAAUUAUCCUUCAAGGAUUUCAGAUAUUUCAGCGAGAUGAGUAAGAACUUACCACUUCUGUAGUUCCAAAUCUCUUCUCUCUGAACAUCUGAUUUCCCUGUUCUAGACAUAGAAAUUAGAGCUUUGUUCAUGCCCUUCAGACUGAAAUGACAGCAAGGAGAGCAGAUAUUUACACUGAAUAGGUCAAGACUGGCUGCUUUCAUGGGAACUAUUGAUCCUACCAUGAAGGAGACUAUUAACUCCAUAUCAGAAUUGGUAGACUUUGCUCCAGCACUCACACUAGGAAUUGUACACUGAUACAAAGAGUGUCUUCCUAGCCUGGCCCUUUCAGCAAGGGUUGGACAUGGCAUCAAGUGUCAGUUUAAUUCAAAAUUCAGUUAACUCUUGGAGAAGUUAAAAUCUGUACAGAGUAAUUCAGCAGUAAUGGGCAGCUAAUACUGAACCUCAUCCUAUUUAUUGCUUUUAUACUUGCUGUCUUAACUGCAUCAGAAGUGCACACGGUACAGCCCAGCCUGGAAAAGGGCAUCGGUUCCUUUUUUAUCUCACUGCCACACAGCUCAGAAUGAGUUCCACUUUGCCAGUGGAAAAAGCAUAUCUAGAACAAAAUAGGUGCUGUCCACAAUGACUCCCUUAACUUCUGCCCUCAGAGAUGGUGAUCUGUACUCACAAUCAAACCUGAGAUGUUGGUAGCAGGCUCAAGGAAAGCAAUUGAAAGAAUGGGUCGAACUAGGACUAAGAGGUGCGUUUCUUACAUUUCAUGUUAGUAAGCAGUGUAAUAUACAGCACAGAUAAUUCUGAUUUUUAAUGUUAAAGCAAUAGUUAUGAAUGUGUUGGGCUGAAGAAAUGCCAAAUGUACCACUUUUUUUAUUAUUAUUUUGGGUAAAAGGGAUUAAGAGACAUUGAGGAAAGGAAUCUGUGUUGUAUAAGAGCUGUAAGAGAAGAUAAGUGUCACUGAAAGCAGAUUGGAGAAUCUGUAAGCACAAGUUGGUGAACAUUACCUGAAGCUUUUAGUAGACUUCUGAUUGGCCAGUGUCUUUCUGUGAAAAUCCUUGUAUGGCAACACUGAUUUCAUAGCACAAGUUUUCUGGUGUAUGUCUGUUCACUUCCAUGUCAGCUGCAAGCAGAGAGAUUGCACAAAUCCACACCAGUGUCAUGGUAUGAGAUUUAGUUCAUGUUUUUCUUUGCAAUGUGAAUAGGAAACUCUUUAGUAUUAGGCUGAGUUUCCAAAACUAAAAAGUGAUUUGAGGGGCUUCAGUUUCAGGGAAGUGUUGAAUCUGCUCACUGUUAAAAAUCAGGUUUCCUUAAAUUCAAGUUGCAUCUUUUCAAAUGUAAAAUAUGAGAGUGAACCUUCCUUUCAAAAGCAGCUGAUGGGGUCAAGUGAACUGCACUAUGUGCAGUUUAAAAAUGGUGAUUGUUUAGCCUCUGACUCAAGUACCCACAUGAUCAGUUUAGGCAUCAGGGCAUAACUGAUAUUAAACCUGGGAAUCAUUUAAAGCAAACAAGAAAAGCCUUGUCUCUACAGUGGCAUAAUUUCCUACGAGGUAUUAAAGGAAAUAUCUUUAUGUAAGGAAUGACAUUUCUGCCACUCAUCACAGAAGAGUAAAGCAAAAGUUAAUUUUUUUUAUAAUGUCACAGAAAAAGUAUUUUUUCUAUUUACAUAUCUAACCAUUAAGAAUGUUGCAAUGACAAAUACUUAAAUUACAGUAAAUCCAUUCUUAAACUUUAAGUUUCUCCAAAGUGCCAUGAUAUUAACUGUUAUUUUUCAUUGUUAAGCAUACAGCAACUGUCAUAAAUAUUCAAAAGGGACAUUGGGUGUAAACAGUCCAGUGCAGUAGGUUUUGUUUUUUGGAGAACGUGUCUGCAUCAGAAGCAUGAUGUAUUUAUGUGGAGUAACCUCUUUUUGGUACACCAGUUGGAUUCCUAUGGGUGCUCUGCUAGUUAAUAUUGUCACUACUAUUUUCCUGUUUCAUGUGGAAUAUGGUCUUGAAUGUUAUUGUGUAAUCAUUCCCUUUAUUUGUGCACACUUUUUACUUUAAAUAAAACAUUUAUAUUAGA